UGGCCCUCAAAUGGAGCCUAUCACCUCUUCGACUCUUCUCCGACGAUCUGAUCAAGUAUAUGUUCGAAGUUCUUGUCCUAGAUGGCGAGAUUUCACCAUGGAUACUUAUGAAACUCUGGACCCGAAUAAUUGUGGAUGCAAAUCGCUCGAACGGAUUCGGAAGGCGACUCGGUGGAAGGGAAAAUUGCUGCACGGCAAAGCACCUCCGGGGUAUACUUCGACUCUCUGGUGAAGCCCCUCUUGAUAUUUCAGUUCGCAUGUUGUCAGAAGAAAUGGCCGCACUCCUUGUUGCCGAGCGGUGGCGAUGGGAGCGACUCGAAUUCUUCAAUGAACCUUUGGAUCCAUUGACGGCCGAGUCAUUAACCGAUGAAGCCAAAGCUCUCUUUGUGAUACCGAAUGAGUCGCUCAGUAUCAAGGAGGCUUCCUUUUUUCAUGUAUCCGAUAUUAGCGUGGCCUCUUGGGCUGAAGCUGCACGGCCGCAAAGCCUCUCGCUCAAUUUCUCUUCAAUCGAGCCAUUUGUCUCCAUCAAAUGGUGGGAUAGCCUCCAAGUGCUGAAUAUCCAAGGCUUUGAGGAAUUUACUCUCCACGGGCCAUCGGUUUAUGCGAUUCUCUCGGCGGUGCGCAUAUAUCUGGUCGGGCUAAGCAUAUCAGAAUGCAAUCUAGAGGACCAAUUUACAGAAGUCAUGGAAUUCCCGAAACUUCGAGACCUCUCUCUUGUGUCUGUCAGUCAUUGGUGGAUGAUGUCAGCCCCCCAGGUUGUCUCCCUUUGCUUAGAGCCUCAAGAUCCGGCGCCUCCAGGCACUAAAUUCAGCUAUCUUCAACUCAAGAAACUCAGCUAUCGUGCCGAUAAGGUGCCGCUACUCGGUGAUACAAUCUAUUGCCCUCAACUCGAGUCUAUAUCCUUGACUGCCGUGGCGUCGACCAAACCUGGGGAAAAUUUGAUCUGGUGUACUGCCGAAGGUGAAUUAUCAUCCAUGGCAGCAAAGGAAAUCCACAUAGAGGGUGCUGCUGGUAUCAAAGAUAUCAAAUAUAAGGACUUGAUAACGAGUCUACGGCCUCACAAUGGCCUUGAAAAGCUUAAAAUCACCUAUAUCAAGCUUCCAGUUCUAUUCUAUAAGGCUUUUCUUCGACCCGGCACGAAGAAGAAGCUAGCUCCUCUAUGCCCGGCCCUCCGUGACUUGGAAGUUGACCUGCAGGGAGUGAGAGCGACAAUAGAUGCGACCCAAUACGAUCAAGUUUUCCAGGAACUUGUACAAGAGAGGGAGAAAUCGGCGUCUCCUCUAACGCGUCUCUAUGUUAGAUGGCCGGGCUAUGAUUUUAAGCCUACUAACUAUACAAAUGGGGAGACACUGACCAAAGAAAAGUUUGAGCUCUUUUUUGGUAGCAGUUCCGAUGACGAUAGUGAUAGAUACCCAGACCGAACCCACUUUACCCCCGACCACUUAACUGAAAUCUCGGAAUGA